AUGGACCUCGACGAAACCAUGACGACGUCAACAUCCUCAACGUCUUCUAUACUCCAAGACAAUGCCGAAGUCGAGGGCUCUUUGGACGGCGACAACCUAUCUCCUGAGGCCGGCGGCGGCGUCGGCGUGGGCAUCAUUGACCAUCCGCAAACACCACCCACACACAACCCCAUCAGUGCCGCCGCACCUGGCGAGCUGUCCCCGCCGCAAUCCCAACCUCAUUCCCAGAGCGACGAGGGCUCCGCACCGACGACUCGCGCCACGGCUGCAGCUUCGUCCGCCCCGAAGGGGGGACACGGACACGGACACGGACACGACCAUCCCCGUGUAGGAGCAAACAUUGCAGCCGCUAGGGCUGCGGCGAGAUCAACACCGACAGCUGGGCCCGACGCUCAGCGGGACGAAGCGGCCGCAUCGCAGCCACCAGGCAACGAGCGAGACGAACGGCCAGGCUGGGGAUGGAAGAGCAAAAAGGCCCAGGACGAGAUGCAGCGUGCGUGGGACAACAUCGUCGACCGGGAUUUCAGUCUUAAAGAGUACGGCGAUGUGGUGAUGCGAGGCAAGGAACAACUGGCGCAACAAUGA